AUGGACGACGAUUUCAUCCACACCAUCGACGACGACGAGCCGGUGCCCUUCGAAGAGGAAGCGCUAGACGAACAAUUUGCCGAUACAAGGCCGUCCAAGAAGGCCAAGACCGCUUCCUCCUCUUCUUCCUCUACAAAGAACAAGAAGAAGGGCAACAACAAGAAAAACAAAAAGGACGAAGCGGAGAAUGAGAAUGAAGAGGAGGGGCCGAGCGGGGUAUGGGGCGAAAAGGACGCCGACGACGGCGCGAUGGACUCGGAGUUUGAGUUCGCCGUCGACGGCAUGAACGCGGUCGAGGCCGAGUUUGACGGGUGGGGGUUUGAGGGGGCCAAGAAGGGCAUGGCUCCUUCCAGUACUAAUGCGGAGGAUGGGAAUAACAAGGAGAUAGAAGAUGAGGAGGAGAGUGAAGAGGAUGAUGUGGAUGGGGAGGUGGAUCUGGAUGAGGAGGUGCUUGCUGACGAUGGGUUUGGCAUGGGGGUCGGGUCCGAUGCGGAGGAUGAAGAGAUGGACGAUGGAGAAGAAGAUGGGGAGGAGGAGCAGGAGGAAGGGGAAAGCGGGGACGAGGCUGCGUCGGACGAUGACUCGGUUGCCACGCCGGUGCAGCAUCCUGAUGAUGAAGCGCCGGACUCUGAAGACGAUGACGAGGACGAGGAUGCUGAGGAGGCGGCUAAGCGGAAAGAAUUCUUUGCCGCGCCCGAGGAGACGGACAAGCCUGGCAAGAAGGGCGACUUGUCCUCGUUCCAGUCCAUGUCGCUCUCGCGGCCGAUCCUGAGGGGUCUUACCUCGGUUGGUUUCACGAAGCCGACGCCGAUCCAGGCCAAGACGAUUCCCAUCGCGCUGAUGGGCAAGGAUGUGGUUGGUGGCGCCGUCACGGGUUCGGGCAAGACAGCGGCGUUUGUGGUCCCUAUCCUGGAACGUCUACUCUACCGACCUAAGAAGGUCCCGACGACGAGAGUCGUCAUCUUGACGCCUACCCGUGAACUGGCCAUUCAGUGCCACGCCGUCGCUACGAAGCUCGCGAGCCACACAGAUAUCAAGUUCUGCCUUGCUGUUGGCGGUCUCAGUUUGAAAGUGCAAGAGGCCGAGCUGCGUCUGAGACCGGAUGUGGUGAUUGCUACUCCGGGUCGGUUCAUCGACCACAUGCGGAACUCGGCCAGCUUCGCCGUCGAGACGGUGGAGAUUCUCGUGCUCGACGAGGCCGACAGGAUGCUCGAGGACGGUUUCGCGGACGAGUUGAACGAGAUCCUGACGACGCUGCCCAAGUCACGCCAGACCAUGUUGUUCUCCGCCACCAUGACUUCGUCGGUCGACAGGCUGAUUCGCGUGGGGCUCAACAAGCCCGCCCGGAUUAUGGUGGAUUCGCAGAGGAAAACAGCCGGCACUCUAUCGCAGGAGUUUGUGCGGCUGCGGCCCGGACGGGAAGAGAAGCGCAUGGGUGUUGAGGACUUCCGAGACGGCAAGGUAAACUACCUGCUUGCCACCGAUCUUGCCUCACGUGGUCUGGAUAUCAAGGGCGUGGAUACCGUCAUCAACUACGAAGCGCCGCAGUCACACGAAAUCUACGUGCACCGUGUCGGCCGUACGGCGCGCGCGGGCCGCAGCGGUGUUGCCGUCACAUUGGCCGCAGAACCAGACCGCAAGGUGGUGAAAGCGGCUGUUAAGGCCGGCAAGGCGCAAGGCGCCAAGAUCAUCAGCCGAGUGAUCGACCCGGCCGACGCCGACAAGUGGCAGGCCCAGGUCGACGAGAUGGAGGACGAGAUCGAGGAGGUUCUGCGUGAGGAGAAGGAGGAGAAGCAGCUCGCGCAAGUCGAGAUGCAGGUCAAGAAGGGUGAGAACAUGAUCAUGCACGAGGAGGAGAUCAAGUCGCGGCCGAAGCGGACAUGGUUCGAGACGGAGAAGGACAAGAAGAAGGCGAAGGAGGCGGGCCGGGCCGAGCUCAACGGCGUGCGCGAGGCCAUGAAGAAGAAGGGCGAGGGCAAGCUCAGUAACAAGGAUAAGAAACGACUCGACUCUAAGGCGGAGAGGAGCGAGGGUAAGUCGUGGAAGAAGGGCCGUGCUGAGAGAGACGGCAAGGGGGCGGUGUUGAACUUGAAGAAGCGCCUCGCCCGCUUCCGCCUCGACACCCUCCCGCGCUACAAGCUCGGCCUGCAGAGCCGCAUCUACCGGUUUAUUGUCGAGCGCCAGCGGCGCAGGCGGGACAAGACACGGGUUGAACCGUCGGCGAGUUCGCACGAGCAGCACGAGAAGGAGAGAGAGGAGCGGAGGAUCGCUCGAGAGGCUCGUGAGAUUGAGAAGCGCGGGCAAGAUGAAAAGGAGGUCGCGAAUAGAGGCGGCUACAGCGAGGGACCCAACGACUCCAAGGGAGAAGCGACGCAUUCCGCCGUGUCACCACCGCCAUCUCCUACCUUAACCGCCAGGACGCCCUCCAUGUCAGCGGCGGACAUGUCCGAGGCAGAGCUCGCCGUCGCGAACGCCAACCUCAUGGCACGUCUGGGACCAUUCAUGACCACGCCCUUGGUGCAGAUUCCCAUCACGAUAUUCUUCUACAACGACGAGCAGUCGCGGUCCCAUACCGUCAUGACGGACGACUCGGGCCACUUCAGCGCCCGUGUGGCCCUGGAGUUCGUUCCGACCGACGUGAGGGUGCUGGCUAAUGAGAACGUGUCCGCCACGAGGCCCGUCGAGAUCAUCGAGUCGAGGGGCGUCAGCCUGAUCAGCGACGUCGACGACACCAUCAAGCGCUCCAACAUCUGGAUGGGCGCGCGUGAGAUCUUUCGGAACACGUUCGUCCGCGAGCUGGCUGAGCUGACGGUCGACGGCGUCAGGGAAUGGUACCACCGAAUGCACGAGAUGGGCGUCAAGGUGCACUACUGCUCCAACAGCCCGUGGCAGCUGUUCCCCGUUCUCGCCACCUAUUUCCACCUGGCCGGCCUGCCCCAGGGGUCGAUCCACCUGAAGCAGUACAGCGGCAUGCUGCAGGGUAUUUUCGAGCCGGUCGCGGAAAGAAAGAAGGGGACGCUAGAGGCUAUCAUCCGGGAUUUCCCCGAUAGGAAAUUCCUGCUCGUUGGCGACAGCGGCGAGGCCGACCUGGAGGUGUACACCGAGCUCGCGCUGGCGAACCCUGGCCGAGUCCUGGCUGUCUUCAUCCGCGACGUCACCACGCCCGACCAUGCGGGCUUCUUCGAUUCCUCGUUCAGCGUCGACCCGGCGCAGCGUAGCAGGCAGGACAGCACCAGAGGCAGACCGGAGGAUCACCCGGCCGGUGACAAUCUCACGGAUGUCCGACCGCCAUUACCGCGUCGAGCGACUGCUUCCGCCCCAACAACAGGGCCGGUCAUGGGCACGCUGAUCGACUUUGACGAUGAGCCUGUGCAGCUCAGUUCUGCCGAGACCCGAAACCACCUCAGCGGAGAGCCCAACAGCCAGCCCGGCUCAAAACCGGGCACGCCCAGCUCCUUCGCCGAAAGCGUCUCGAAGAAACCGCCUCCUCCCCCACGGCCCGCCAAACCAGCCGCCUUGCGAAGCACGCCCUCCGAAGCAAAUCUCCGCAGUCAGAGAAGCCAAAGUCCGCUCGUCCGACCCCGGACCGCGGGCGGCGGCGGCCCUUCCGCCACUACCGGUAGUAACAACAACCACCCCAACAAACCAAUCCCUCCUCCGCCUCCACCGCCGCGGCGACGGGGUACCGCCCCGGCAUCCCGGCAGCCAGCAAUCUCGGCUUCCAACGCAGGCCUUGAUGUCACCACGGACAUAGAACCCCUCCCGUCAGUGGUGGCCGGCACAUACCCGGCCAGCCUCGCAGACACAGUGGCAGCGCCCAAUAACGGGGCGGCGAUGGGGGCAACGUACAACAAAAAGGUGGAUCUCUGGCUGCGGCGGUUGGCGAGAGCGCACGACAUCCUGGACGCGCAGGGGGUGAAGCUGUAUACCUGGCGCAGGGGGGAGGACGUGAUUGCCGAGGCGGAGGGGAUUGUGCGCGCGGCGCUGAGGGAGAUGAAAUAG